CCGCCGCGAUCACCUCGUCUCCUCCUCCCUCCCUCCCUCCCGCGUCGACAACGCGUCUAUCUCUCUCCCCCCUCUCCAUCCCCCUUCACCCCUCCCCGCGACUUGACCCGACCCUACCCCGAGCGGCACGGGCACCGCUUCGAAAAGUGGGAUCGUCCUCUCGCUCAGUGCGUACGUGAACUGGAACUGUAUCGGACGACGACGCCAGAGCAGCAACACCAGGACGCGACCCGACCGACGUCCGCUGACCGACGUCGACCUCCACGGCGAAGAGGAAGGAGCCGGUGCUGCCGGCGCGUUUUCCCUCCGCCCGUCGCGCCCAGCUAGAUGGAUAAAUGACGAUGAACCAGCAGUGCAAGGUGUGCGGCGAGCCCGCCGCGGGCUUCCACUUCGGCGCCUUCACCUGCGAGGGCUGCAAGUCAUUCUUCGGGAGAACCUACAACAACAUGAACUCCAUUUCGGAAUGCAAGAACAACAACGAGUGUAUUAUCGACAAGAAGAAUCGGACCUCCUGCAAGGCGUGCCGCCUCAAGAAGUGCAUCGAGGUCGGCAUGUCCAAGAGCGGCUCCCGCUACGGCCGGCGCUCCAACUGGUUCAAGAUUCACUGUCUGCUGCAAGAGCAGCAGCAGCAGCAGCAGCAACAGCAGCAGCAGCAGCAGAAGGGGCAGGACGGUGGUGGCAUGGGCGGCGGCGGGCUGCCCCUGGGGGCGGCGUCACUGUUCGGCGGCGCGCCGCCCGGCCUCUACCCGCCCUCCUUCUUCGCCGGGCUCAACGGAGCCUUUCCCGUGCUGCCGCCGUCUCCGCUGCCCAAGCGCCGCAAGCUCGAGUCCAGCAGCUCCGACGACUCCUCCGGCGCGUCCUCCGUUGACGACGAGGCCGCCGCCAUCACUGCAGGGCUCAUGUCGCGACUGCACGGGGGCCCGCGGCCGCCGCCGCUGUACCACGGGCCGGCGCCGCCCCCGCACGGAUCGCCGCAGCUGCAGCCGGCGCCGCCCCCGCAGGCGCGCUUCCUGUACCCCAGCCUGGCGGCGCGCACGCCCGUCAACGGCGCCGGCGUCGGCGCCCCCGCACUGGCCGGCGUCGCCGUCGAGCAGGACCAGCCCAUCGACCUGUCGGUGCGCGGCCGCCCCAAGUGCUGCUCCGAUUCCGCACCCAGCUCGCCGCCCUCGGCGGCCGCCGACUGCGACGAGGCGCUCGACAGCACCGACGCCGCCGACCGCCAGCGACGGGACGGUCGGUCGACGCCUCUCGACCUCACCAACAAGAGGGCGGCCGAAGUCCCCCAGUUUGGCUGAGGACCACUUGACCUUCCUACACCAGAUGAACUCAUAUAGGCAACGGUUGAACCACCUCCUCUGCUUGUCCUCAACUGGGCUAAGGAAUUGUUUCGGGGUGAUCGACCAACGCCUCGCGAUCACACCAACAAGAGGGGUACCGAAGUCCCCCAGUUUGGCUGAGGUCCACUUGACAGACCGACACCAGAUGAACUCGUAUUGGCAGCGGUUGGAUUGCCUCCGCUGCUUGUCCUCAACUACGAUUAAUGAAUUGUUUCGGGUUGAACGGUAACGCCUCUCGGCCUCACCAGCAAGAGGGUGGCUGAAGUAUCCCAGUUUGGCUGAGAGCCAUUUGACCUGUCCGACACCAGAUGAACUCACAUUGGGAGCGAUUGGAUUGCCUCGCCUGCUUCUUCUCAGCUACCAUCAAGGAAUUCUUUCAGGGUGAUCGACCAACGUCUCUCGAUCUUCCCAAAAAGAGGGUGACCCAUUUCCCCUGACCGUCUGACACUACGUGAACUUCUAUCUGCAGGGGUUGGAUUUGCCUCCUCUGUCUGUCCGCAGUCACGGUGAAGGAGUUAUUUUGGGAUCGUCAGUCGACUCCUCUCGACCUCACCAACAAGAUGACUGCCGAAGACCACUUGAGUGUCUAACGCUACGCAGGCUCAUAUCUGCAGCGGUCUACUUGUAUUCAACUGCGGCUAAGGAUUAGUUGUGGAAUAUUCGUUCCCAGUAAACUCGUAACGAUAGUGCAUUCGGGCUGGAAGAAACUGGUUCACUUUCUGCUACAGGAAAAAAAAAUAAAAUAAACUGAUGGCAUAUAACAAUUUGAGGAACGGCCUGAUACUAGUUUACAUAUUUUUAUGCAAGUGUGCUUCCAUAUCUGAACUGACAGUACCAUAGAGGAUGCGAGAUCCAUCCCUAGUACUGCCAAAUAUUUUGUGUCGAUAAGAGGAGCAGACUGAUGUACACCUAGUGAAGACAGUUGAGUAGCUGCAGCUCCCAAAGUGUCAUUAGUGGAUCACGGAGAGAGUGUUAUGCUGGGGAAAAGUUCAUUCAGUAGUUUUGUGUGCAGACGUCUUAGAAUGAAACAAUGACUUCUACACAUUUACCUGUUCUCUCGACAUGAUCAUUGAUUAUUUUGUAUGUUGUUACAUAUGUGCGGAUUCACACCAUCUUUCAAUGCUUAUCUUGUAAGUACGAAACUCCAGCUGCAUCCAGUUCUAUUCUCCCCCUGAAGUUUCAACUGCAUAGUGUUUGAAUAUUAUCUGAAUCCACUCACUGAAUAAAGAGACGUGUAAACAUUUAGCAGCCGUAGCUGCAGUUGAAACAAGAAAAUGAUUAUAGCUGCGCAACCGAAAUGUCGUUUGAGCAAUCAUUUCACCGGUAAAACUUGAAGAUGCACGAUGUGCGCCUAUCUGUCGAUGCUCAGAAUAUGUGAAAUGCCCCAGCGAAAGACACCAUAAGUUUACUAACUAGGUGCCAUCUUAUGUUAAUGAUAGAAAGCACCACUUGAUACAGGGCUGCAAGUAUCUUCUGUUCUCCCGUUUCACAGAAGACUUUAAUCCAGACAUCUUUCAGAAUUGCGAAACAGCAUCUCGUACGGGCUGUUCUUACAGUGCACUAGCGAAGUAAACGAAAUAACUACGUACUGCAUCUUACGUCACCUCCAAUUACUUCUAGUACCUUAACGCCAUAGAUAAUCUGAUAGGGUACUGCGAAGCUCUGUUUUGAGGUUUCUAUGAAGUAAUUCGCAUCAGCAAUAACUAGGCCGAAGGAAGCUACUUUGGGGAGACCACAGCGGCAAGGCGCCAAAUGCUUGACAGACGGAAAUCGUGCGGACACGAUUAGGACUGAAUGGCUAGUCUCGUCGCCGUGUCCAAGGGGAUGCCUGUUUUCAAUUUCAUGCGCACUUCAUUACGGAGUGCCCUCACCUACCACUAAUACUUCUUUAAUGGGCAGUGCUGAAAAGCAAUCUCCUAUCGCGAGGUUAAUUUACGAAGCAACUGAGAAAAUGAAAUUGACUAAAGCUAAUGUAUUUUAAAGGACCGAAUUUAUCACGCUUGCCAUUUUAAAUUAACUCCUUGAGUGGCUCACUUUUAUUGGACCGGUAAUGACCUGGAACAGGGAGACCAUACCUAGCUGUUAAUAUCAUCUCAGUUCCUUUUAAUGAAGACAUAAUACACUUUCGUACAACUCAGUUCAUUAGGAAAGCAUCACAUUCAUUUGCAUAAUGGAUCUCUGGUAACGACGUACUCAUCUUGCUGGCGAUCAGGAUUACCAAACCUAUAGCAUACAGCGCUUGUGGCACUGGAAAACGGGGCCUGCCAAGGAGUGCAAGAUGUAUGCCGAUAAUUGGCAGCGAUAGCUACGAACGCGCUUUAUUUGCGUAUCUAAACGGGGAUUGCGGAAUUCCUUGUGAAUCUGCUUUAUUUCAGUAGCUACAGAUACGCUCUGUUAAGGUUUCCUUGAAUGAAGUAGUGAAAACUCGACUGUGCAGAUGUUUAUUCCUUCCUAAUUGAAGGAACGCUUUAAAUGGCCAGUUUUUUUAUUAAAUAGAUUACGUUGUCUGCUUCUUUUAGUAUUUAUCAGCAUUACAAAAACUCAAAUUAGCAGAUAUUCUAUCUUCAUUUUUUUUACGACGAAAACUGAAGCCUCCUUAAAGGAUUUUUUUAGGCUUACUACCGCAUGUUCUUUACAGGAGGCAUAUAUUUUUGUAUGAUAAUAUUACUCGAUUUAAUGUGUGUUAAGACAAUUGUAAAUACUUACUUUUGUUGCAUAUUCUUUAGUAUCUUGUUUGCUUUUUUGUAAAAUAUUAUGUAUUUUGUUAUUAUUUAAGUAAUUCAGUGGAGCAGAUGAGUUUCAUAGCGUGCUGAUAUACGCACUUCGUGCACUGUUCCUUGGGAAACAUUUACGUCCACUUUCACUGUUGGAGCUCCAACGUAUCAAAACAAGGCCAGUAAUCAACAAAAGUAUUGUUUCACAAUAAAAUGUUAUUCGUGCUUAAAA